AUGUUUUAAUAUAAGGUAAUUGCAUUUUUUUCACAUAUAAAAUAAGCAGUCAAAUCAUUUGAAUCUGAAGUGAUCUCUACAGCUUAUUUAAGAAAAAAGGAAUUAGCAACUUUAAAUACAAUGCUCUUUACAUUAAAGGAUUAAGAUAAUUAUUAAGAGAUACGCAAAAUGAUAAAAGAUGUUUUACCUCCUGUAUAAAGCAUCACAAAAAUCACAGAUUUGAAAGAUUAUUCAAGAAUAGCUUAUAAAUUAGAUAUGAAGAAAGAUUCUUUGAUUUUGGAAUAACUUUUAACUUUGAUAUUGCAAGAUUAAUUUGGUAAUUUUGUAUUGAAAGACAAAUUAAUUUAACAUAUAAUUCAAAGUAUUAAAAUAAGUAUAUUGGAUCCAAAAGUCUAAUAAUUAAUGCAAUAACUUUAAUUAAAGGAAUCUGAAGUUUAAAAGAAAUAUAUAAAAAUAUAUUUAGAUCUUAUUUAAUAGAAAGUAAAUUAAAAAUAAGAUAGUUCUGAAUCAUAAAUGAAUAUAUAAAAUGUUGCAGAAUUAGGUUAAUAAGUAUUGAAAUCAGAAAAAAGAUAAUAAACUCUAGAUUAAAUAAUAGUUUCAAAAUAAGUAAGACAGAAUCAAUAAAUUCUAUUUGAACAUUUUUCUUAACCAAGUAUUGAAGAGAUUAUGAUCAUCUUACCAUAAAUACAUUUGUUUCCAGGAAGAUUAAAAUCAAAUUAUAUUGAAAUUUUGAAUAAGUACCUAAAUUAAUUAAAAGUCUCUCCAAAAGAGGAGGGUAAAGUUUUAACUUAGCUUAAUUAAAGUAAUUAGAUCUGUUAACUUAGUGAUUUUAAAGAAUUCUGAAUUUUUUAAAAAAAGCAAUAUUUCUUUUAUUAACAUAUUGAAUUAGAUCUAAAUAUAGGGAUUGUUGGAAUCAUAAAUAAAUUAAUUAUUAUACUUAAUUACAUAUUCAAAUAGUUUAGAGUAUUUUAAAUAAAAUGAACAAUAGUUUAUUGAUUACAUUAUUAAGAAUUAAGCAAUAAAUAUGAGUUAAAUGGUUGCUUAUUUCUUUCAUUUAUCAUAAAUUUAUAGAUAGAUAGGUGAUUUUAAAGUAGAAUUAUUAAAAUAUUAAUGUACUUAUUUUAUGAAUAAUCUAUCUAAAUGUGAUUCAAAUUAAUUAUUUUUGAUAAUAAAAUCAUUAAGAAUAUGUUAGAAUAUAGAAGAAGUGGUUAUAUUGAAUAAAUAAAUAGAAUAGAAAAUUUAGGAAGGGGCAUUAAAUUAAAAUCAUGAUGCAUUAAUAAAUUUUGUAGCAAAUAAAAUCAAGUAAACCUAAGUAUUAUUUAUGCCUGAAACUGCUAAAAUAGUAAAUGUUACAUAGAGAAAUUUUGGAGAAUGGUGUCACUUAAUUUAAUAAAUAGGAUCACUAAAAACUUUAGAAUAGGAUUUAAUAGAUAAAUUUAAUAAAAUACAUAUUAGUUUAAGAGAAAAAUUAGGAUAGAGUUAAUUAUACUAUUAUUUUGCAGCAUAAUUUAUUUGUGGAGUUAAUGAUGAAUAAUAUUUUAUAGAAAGAAUAAAUUAGACAAGACCAUUUCUAUUAAUUAGAAUUUUAUAUGAUAUUGCUUAAUUUCCUACGAUUCAUUAUGAAAAAUUAAAAUAGAGAAUUAUUGAGAAGAUAAAAGAUACACCAGAUUAUUUGACAUAAGAAUUUAAUAAAUUAGACAAAGGAUUAUUAAGUUUUAGUAUUUUGACAGCAUCAUUAUUGGAAGAUCAAUCAUUUUAUAAUUAUCUAUUUGAUAAAUACAAAAGAGAAAUAGAAUAAUUUAGUGAGGAAUUGAUAAUAAAUAAUAAGAAAUUUUAAAGAAAUAAAAUAAUAGGUAAAUCAUCUGUAAAUUUUGUAACUAAUUAAACAUUAAUACAAUUUUAUUAAGCUUUAAGAUAUCAUUAAUGUUUAACAAAUGAAGAAUCAAGUUAUUUAGUAAAAUUAGAGACUUUAAUUAAGGAAUAUAGUUUAACUUAAUAAGUGAUGCCUUCAUAUAUAGAGAGUGUUGUUGAGUCAUGUUUAAAAGAAGAGAAAGUGGAAUAUAUUAGAGAUUAUUGUGAAGUUUUACCUUUUAGGAUAGAUUUUUAUAUUCCAAGUAAGUAGAUUGGGAUUGAAUGUAAUGGAGUGUCUCAUUAUUAUUUGGAUUAAUUAAGAAGAGGGGAUGUUUUAAAAAUGAAGGUAAUAAUUUGUUUGGAUUGAUUUAGUUUUUUGAAGAGAAAAUGAAUAUAAAAAUUAGUGUGAUACGUUCUGGUUGUGAUAAUAUUUAGGAAGUUGUAUAAAGUAUAAUAAAAUGAUU